CUGGCUUAAAGUGUGGGAAAACGCGUUACGGUUGAGACACCCAUGCGACACCGAAAACCUCAGUGAAGAAACGAAUCGUUCGAAGUGUGCAAAAUAUUUACAUUUUUAAAUAAAAAGUAAUAUUUAAAAAAAUAUUAAAUUUUUAAUAAGAGUGUAGAAGAAGAAACAAUCAAUUUCUAAAGUGAAAGUGAUUUUAUCUUAAAAACUGAGAGAAUUAAAAAUUACAUACGAAUUUAAUUUUAUUUAUUAAACUAAUAUAAAAAAAAAAUUACAACUAUAAUUUUUGAAAAGAAGAGUUAGAAAAAGAAAGCAUCAAAAUGGUUGUCAACUUUAAGGUCUUCAAGAAAUCAUCACCCAAUAACAUGGUUACCCUGUACAUGAACAGGCGAGAAUUUGUGGACUCUGUAACAGUCGUAGAGCCAAUAGAUGGCAUCAUUGUGCUCGAUGAUGAGUAUGUACGUCAAAAUCGCAGGAUUUUCGUUCAGCUGGUUUGCAAUUUCCGUUAUGGACGUGAGGAUGAUGAAAUGAUUGGCUUACGUUUUCAGAAGGAAUUGACUUUGGUGUCGCAGCAAGUACAUCCACAAGAAAAGGUGGAUAUACAAAUGACUAAAAUGCAAGAACGUUUGCUUAAGAAGCUGGGUUCCAAUGCAUUCCCAUUUGUUAUGGAAAUGCCACCAAGCUCACCAGCUUCGGUUGUAUUACAGCAAAAAGCUGCUGAUGACACUCAACCUUGCGGCGUACAAUAUUUUGUCAAGGUCUUUGCCGGUGAAAACGAUUGCGAUCGUUCCCAUCGUCGUAGCACUGUCAAUUUGGCUAUACGCAAGGUGCAAUAUGCACCUACCAAGCAGGGCAUACAACCUUGCACAGUGGUACGUAAAGAUUUCCUAUUGUCACCUGGUGAGCUUGAACUGGAAGUUACUUUGGAUAAGCAAUUGUAUCAUCAUGGCGAGAAGAUUGCUGUUAAUAUUUGCGUACGUAAUAAUUCGAAUAAGGUUGUCAAGAAAAUCAAGGCUAUGGUGCAACAAGGUGUCGAUGUAGUGCUUUUCCAAAAUGGGCAAUUCCGUAAUAUGAUUGCUUUCUCGGAGACUAGUGAGGGUUGCCCAUUGAAUCCGGGCUCCAGCUUGCAGAAAGUCAUGUACUUGGUGCCAAAUUUGGCAGCCAAUUGUGACCGUGCAGGUAUUGCUGUUGAGGGCGAUCUUAAGCGCAAAGAAACUUCAUUGGCUUCAACUACACUUGUCGCUAGUCCAGAUGCUCGUGAUGCCUUUGGAAUUAUUGUUUCUUAUGCUGUAAAGGUCAAAUUAUUUUUGGGCGCUUUGGGUGGCGAACUAUGUGCUGAGUUGCCGUUUAUUUUAAUGCAUCCCAAGCCAAGCCGCAAGGCUCAGGAAGCCGAAGGGGAUGAAGCCUAAACUACUAACUUUGACAUUUGCAUUACAUUUUCUGAAAUCGAAGCUUUUGCUGAUGUUGCUGAUGCCUUAAA